AUGUUCGAAGUGCGCCCUCGUCCGUCCUUUCGCUCUCUCAGCCUCGAUCUGACCUAUCUUCCUUUUCCGCUCACGUUCCGUUUCCGUCCCACGUCAUGCCCGCGCGCGCAGAUCUACGACCUGGUGCUCGCGCUCUACAUCACGAUCUACAUCCUGAUCUCGCUCAUCCUGCUGACGCUGCUCGGUGAGGUCGUCGCGUUCGCGGCCGCGUCGCCGCGGCUCAUGGGCGCGCUCAUGAUCGCGCACUGGCUGCUCACGGCGUGGCUGUGGAUCUGGGUGGGCCUGGCGUUCGACGCGAGCCAGGUGUUCAAGGGGGAGUGCAGGAUCCUCAAACAUUACCUGGAGGACCCGGCCAACACCAACAACGCGCUCGGCGCGCGCCUCCCGUGCGGGCGGCUGCAGUUGGCGCAGCAGCUGUUCCUGACCGGGGAGCAGGACGCCAGCAACGUGACCGCGCAGAUCAACAACCAAGUGCUGCCCCUGGCACGCGCUUUGGCGGCGAACUCGAACGUGACGGCCGCGGUCCCCCCGCCGCUGUGCGACCCGUUCGCCAACGUGACCACCCCCCCGGGGUGCGUACCGGCCGACACCUUCAUCCCCCAGGCUGUCGCCUUCUACCGGGAGCUGGCGGCCAAAAACCCGGGGAUCGUGCAGAUCAUAGGGCUGAACCCGGAUCAGGUCGAGCUGCUGGGAAACGCCACGCUGGGCGUGCUGCGCGUCAUCCCCGACCUGCAAGACUUGCUGUUCUGCACGUCCAUCUUCGCAACACUAAACGGCAUCAGCCAGCACCAGUGCCACACGAUCCGCUGGGCGAGCAACCUGCUGUGGUCGUCGCUCGUGGUCUGCGCCGCGGGCAUGAUGCCGCUCCAGCUGCUCGGCUGGUACUGGAUCCGCUACAUGGAGGCCGUCCGCAAGGAGGAAGAGAUCCUGGCGAAGGCCCCUGUGGGAGCCUACAGAGCACCGGCAAGCUCCGUGGACGGAGGGUCCUAA